AUGCCAUUCAUUGGUCGUGAUUGGCGUGCUCCCGGAGAGACAUGGGUCCGAACUCCACACACGAAUGGAUGGGAACAGACUAAGCUGAGACCAGUGCAGAUCUCAUCAGAGCCGAUCUUCAUCCCUCAAGUGUCUUCUAGUCCAACUCUUAUGUCCAGUUCAUCUCCAAAAUUCAUCCUUGAUUCGGGUUCUUCUGCAUCUUCAAUUCCAAAAUUCAGUCUCUACGAUUCUGAACAGAAUAGUUCAUGCGGGUCUUUGCCAAGAUGUAAUUCUUCAUCAAGCAGUGCCGAAGAUUCUGAUUCUGCGAAUGACAAAGAUUGGAUUCCACACUGUUUCGUCAAGAGCACUUCCAAAGAGUUCAUUGGAUGCACGAGUAUGUCGGAGGCAUUCCAUCGACUCGACUUGGCAAGAGCUGUCAAUGAUGUUAGACGGUUCAAUUUUAUUUGCAAGGUAGUCCAAAUUCUUGUCGAAGAAAAGCUCCCAAACCUCUCCGCAACUGCUCGUAAAUCUCUUUUGGGUAUUCUUACUGCCAUUUGUUUCCGAUCAUCGAAUGAAGAUGUCAACGUGUCAACUGCUAAAGAUCUAGUCAAAAAUUUUGGUAACGGGUUAGAUAAUGUCAACGUGUGUGGUUCACCUCAAUUAGUAUCUCGUCAUCAUCAAACUGCCUCAUCACUUCUUGAUCUCAUUUCGGAGAAGAAUAUACGCACAGCUGCUGACGCCGAUGAUGAGGCGGCUUUGACUUUCUUUGAUCUACCUAGAGAGGUAGUCCUAAUGGUUCUCCGCCGCCUCCCAGAUCAUCAAUCAAUUCUUGAGACCGCCCAAGUUCAUGAAGCUCUCCAAGAUCUCAUUGACGGAGAAGAUAAAAUCUGGAAAUCACUUUGCACUUUCCACUUCCAAGAAUAUCAAAUCAUCAAACAAAAAACCUCAGGAAAAUCGUGGCGUCAAGCCUUUUUCGACCUCAAAAAAUACCACGGAUGUCGUGAGCUUUAUGCUGAUCUCAUUCACAUUUGCUGCCAUUGUAAAGCUCUUUUCUGGAAAAGUCUCGGACAUCCAUGUGUCCGUGAGACAACUGCUCCAUCAGUUCGUGUCACUCCAAGACAAUUUGUCGAUAUGUUGAUUUAUUUGUAA